GUAAGAGGCACGACACAGAAGCCUGUACGCGAAAGUAUAAUGAACCGCGGCAAGGACGACACGCUAAUUACGCCCAGCCUAUUAAUUAAAAGAGCGAACGCUCGUUAAUACCGCCGGAAGGAGUCGUCAGAAGACCGUUCGCCGAUCAGCGCGAACCUUUAUUUUACCGCGGAGUAUCGAUCCGUAUCAAUCGAGGUAGUGAUCGAGUGAAGACGAAUCUCUCUUAUGCGGGAAAACAGGGAAUGGUGCACAUCAUGUGAAGUGAAGUGUUCUUAGAGCAGAAAGAAUCUAUCAACAACAAUGGAGAGAAGGUUUCUCGUUUUCAUCAUCUGUUUCCUGCAAUCCUACCAAGUAUCGCACUCGAUCGGUCUCACAAUUGAUAAUCAGCUUGUAAUUAUUGCGGAUGAUUGCUACACGAGAGUGGCCAUCGGAUCCAAAUUGCCGGACAUGGACAUCUUUUCAAGCGUCGCGGUUGUUAGCAUUUCGGAAUGCGAGGACGAGUGUUCGAAGAGAAGAAAUUCUUGUAACGCGUUUGCUUUCGGGAUCAGCGUCAAAGGUAACGGAACAUGUGCGUUCAGUGCGAAAAUGCCGAAACCCCAAGAACUACUAUCCCAUGCCGAUUACGAUGUCUACGUAAGAAGCCAACGUGCGCCGCAUUGCGAGCCAGAUCGUCUUUACGAGAUGGGAAGUGACAGCAUCGAACAGCAGAAAAAAAACGAGACGAAACCGAUCACGAGAUUCGGAAGCGGCCUUUUGAACCCGACAAUGCCAAGCAUCCCGUCAUCUCCAAGGACCAUAGAAAACACGAUGUCUGGCAUCGCCAACAAACGUCCGCACCAGGAAAAACCUUCCUUCGAUGAAAAGCGUCGGAUAACCGAUAUCCUUAAAAAUAGAGAUUCGACGCCAUCCGCUAAUCCUUUUGAAAUCGACAACGCAAAAGUUACAAAUGACUACAACGAUCUGUCAAUAUACUCAGACCAAAAAUCAAUUUUCGAUCAAAGAAUACAUUUAAAUCCAAAUUACGAUCAUUCAAAUUUUGAUGUAUCAUCCUUCAGAAAUCCUUUUGCCAAUAUCAAUCUACAUUUUGGAUCAAACUUAGACAGCGACGUUCAUUCGUAUAAAGCUCUUACCAUUCAUAACGGGCCCUUCGAAAUUUUUUCGAGACCUGUUUUCAUCCACGAUGGAAUCUCGAAGAACAAAUCUCCUACAAAUUUCUGGACCGACCACUCAACGUAUCGAAACAUAAUCGCAAGUCAUUUUACUCAACAUCAAAAUCAAGGAUAUCUCAAUAAUGUAUACAAAAGUCAAGGAAUUAUCACAAAGCCGAAGCAGAAUGAGUUAAUCACAGGAAAUUAUGAUCUCAGCAAAGUGUAUCGUCCGAUCAGCAAUUCUUAUGAUUUCGACAUAAAUGGGAAAAAAAGUGCGAACGAAGGAUUCAAGGAUAUUUCCAAAAUGUGGAGUCCAGAAGUGUUGACUGGAUUUCGCGAUUUUGGUGCAAGGAUUACCGAAAAAUCGACAUCAUGCUACAGAAGAUUGCUAUCCGGCAAGAAGAGUCUAGAAUUGCAUGUAAGACGCGUCAUCGAGUGCGAAAGGCUCGAUGACUGCCAUCGCGCUUGCGAUUAUGAGAAGUUCUUCGUUUGCGAAGGUUUUAAUUACAGACGCAUUGGACAUGGAACGCGAGGCACGUGUGAGUUAACGUCAAUACCAUUUUCUCGUAUGGAUCUCCAUCGAGACUUUAUAUCGGAUCCUCAAUGCGACUAUUACGAGAAAGAUCCGAAUUGCGCGGCAAAUGCACCCGGAACACGACCAUACUGGUGGAACCAGCAAUCUAGACCUAGUCAGCCUUACGGUCCCCCUUACUCAACUGAUGAAAGAUUAGAUACAAGACCCUACCCUCCAGAUCGACCCUUAAACGAAGUACCGCGACCCUUGGAUUACGAUCGGCGACCCCUGAAAGAAAUUCCGCGCCCCUUCGACUUUGAUCGACGUCCUUCAAACGAGAUUCCGCGGCCCUUGGAUUACGGUCAUAGACCCGCGGAUCACGAUCGACGACCACCAACGAUUUACGGGCAUCCUCAUCACGGACAGUACGAUACGUUUGAUCGCAGGGGUCAUCCAAAUAAUCAAGAUUCAUUUCGGGAUGAAUAUCCGGCGACGAGACCGGGAGAACGAUAUGACUAUAGCAUUCGAUUUCCACCUAGACGACCCGCUGACGAUGACUUUUAUAACAUAAAUCGGCCGUGGACGCGAUAUCCGAGUAGAAGAAUCGAUCAUGGAUCUGCUCACGAUAUAGGUACAAAUGAAAUUGGCUCGUAUUUGCCGGACCAUAGAAAGGAUCCAACUCGCGACUGGAGUUCUUACGGCACUAUGUACGGCAACUCUUACGGCUAUGAUACGAAUUACGUGAACAAAUUCGAUGUACCAAAGUACUAUCCGAAAUCCCAACCACCUAAACCACCGCAUUCUUACGAGAGCGACCAUUUUUACGGUGAAUUUUAUAAUUACGGCGGCGCUUUCGGAUAUGGUGACAGUUACAUACCGGCCGAUCAGGAUCUCAUUUACGGUGCAAGUGGAAAAAUUGAGGAAUGCUCAGUUAGAGCCGGCGCAGGAUUUAGACUCAGCCGAAGAGUCGUUCGGAGAACUUAUCUGACACCGAAUCUGGAUCAUUGCGAAAGCUUAUGCAUUAAUGAGAAGAGUUAUGUCUGCAUGAGUUUCAGUUAUAGAUAUAAUGUAGCACCCACGGAUCCUACAGACAACUGUCUUCUCAGCGAUAUUUCGUACAAAGAUCUGAAUUUUUACAUCGACCUCGAACCUGAUCGCGAUUAUGAUAUUUAUGCCAUAGUUGCCAACUCAAGAACAUGCGGCACGAGAAAAGAAUCGAGUUCACAUCUUCCGGAUGAGUGUUUUUGGAGAGUUAGAAGCGGAUUUGGAAUGCCGAUGGACGUCGUUAGAAAAUCGAUAAUAGUUGACAAUCUAGGAGAGUGUCAGGCAGAAUGCACGAUAACGCAAGAGUUUAUGUGUAGAAGUUUUACGUUCAAAUACGGAUUAGAAAAAGGCCACUCGGCAGAUACUCAAACUAAUUGUUACCUAAGCGAUUGGCCGUCGCAAGAUAUUAAUCCUACUCAUAUGCCAGACAUGGAUGGCGCAGAGUUAUACGAAAGAGGCAGUUUCGGCAGAGGAUGCGAACCUUACACCGUACCGUUUUUCAACAUGGGGCGAUUUAGUGACAAGCAACCUUCGCAAGGAGACGAAGGAGUAUGCUACUCCGGAUAUAAUAAGCCGUGCAAAUUAACACCAUAUGCCGUGCUCCUGGCAACAUAUGUAAAUUCCGAACAGGAUUGUCGACAAAAAUGUUCGAAAAUGAGAGAAACUGAUUCAAUUCCUUGCAUGGCUUUCAGUUAUAAGCUCACUACGCAUGGCACAGAAGAAAACUGUUUACUGAGUGACGUACCUAUAAGAGACUUACGACCGGGUCUAGAUUAUAUCCAUGAUAACGAUCACGUUCUUUACGCGUGGAAAGAUCUCGAUCCUUAUUGUGUAGUUACCGGCUAUUCUGUCGAUGACGAUCACGUAUUUGGCGGACCGAGUCCAUUGAGACCGUUACUUCCGGGCCCUUUGCGACCAAAUUUCAGCUCAGGAGGGGGGGCUGGUUAUCCGAGCACAAGACCCGAUAAUAAUUAUCCAGACGCUAUUCCAAGACCUUUCUUUACAAAACCAAACGGUAAUCAUUACGGCAUGAGACCGACGUACGAUCCCGAUAGGCCUGAUCCUGUCAGACCGUAUCGUCCCGGCGGAGGAAACGGCGGUCACGAUGACAAAUUUGGAUACGGUAAUCGACCGUCUGGAUUUGGUUACGGAAUUGGACCUUUUUACCCGGAUGAACACUCGACUUUCCGCUAUUAUACGGUGAACGGUUACCCGUGCAGAAGAGGUACAAAAUGCGAGAAAAAUAAAAUUGCUGGAUUUUGGACCUGCGAGACUGAAGGAAGUGAAUACGGCAGCUGGGACUAUUGUUGCGCGCCGACUCAACAUUGCGGCUACUCACAAGGAUAUAAUUAUCAAUGGUGCUACGUGGGAUCGUCAGAGGACCAGUGGCGACCAUGCAGCGAGAAGUACUUCCCCUAUCUUCCGAGUUCGCGACCGAUGCGGCCUAAGAUCGCUGGCGAUGAUCGCCACGAUCGUCCUGAUCGUCCGCAUGACCGUCCUGAUCGUCCGCAUGACCGUCCUGAUCGUCCACAUGACCGUCCUGAUUCCGGUGACUACGGCAGACACUGGCCGAUCACGUAUCUGCAUCGAGGACCGCCACCGAACUGUACGGACUCGGUCGCAUCCGCCGAUAACAGCGGGAAUCGUCGUUCGAACGAGACGAUUCCGAGCACGAGCGAGAUACCGAAUAGCACCACAAUUAAGAGUGAUAUGAGUACUACGAUUGCGAACGCAGCGUACCGGCAGCGGCUGCGAACGCGCACAGCGGUCAUCAAAAACUCACACAAUGAUCGUCGCACGAUUUUCUCGCGGAAGAUCGACAACCAGGACGUAAUUAAGGACACGCGAAAUCGCGAAAAUCAGACGAGUCGCGAACGUGUCGCGAAGAUCGAACGAGUUUCGAAACCGGCGAGCGGUGCGCCGCACAGUGACAACGCGCAAUCCGAAGGUGCACAAAGUAACGAUAGCGACGAGAUGAUCAGAGUGCCUCUGAUCACGCCAAAUAAUUCACUGCCAGUGACAGGAGCUUAGAUGUCCGUGGCGAUCUCGAAUAUUUUAUGCCCGCCAUGGUCCCGCCAUUAGAAAAGCAAGAUGUCUCAAUUAUGGACAUUUGAACGUUAUUUGAAAUUUGAAAAUCAAAUGAGAUUAGUCGAAAGACAUUUCAGAAUGAAAUAUAAUGUUAAUUAUAUAAUCAUUUAAGACAUGUAGAAUUUGUAUCUCGUAAUCGAAUUAAUGUAAUUGCGUAUGUGUCUAUUGUCACAAUUAUGUACAUAUUUAAGUAAUGAACAAAUUAUUGUACUCAUCAGCUAACUUAUUACAAUUUGCUCCAUCCGCUGCAGAUUUUAAGACUGCUGCGCAUCAACUCUAUUCAAAAAUAAAUGUCGGAAUUCUGUUUAAUUAAUUUGUGUAAAAAUCACGGAUUAACGUCGCGAAUUUGCCACGCCACUGUAAACGCGAAAUAAAAUGUACUAUAUCGCAACGUAUUCAUAUAAUUGUUGCUAAUAUUAUUCACGCACUCAAGCAACAAGCAAGAUAACUUUCUUGACGACCGUUAUGCAGACACAACAACCACUACGUUUUCUUCGAUUCAAUUACAACGAGUUAAAUUUUCAAUAUUCUAUAUUUAACAAGAAUAGAAAUUAUUUUUGCUUGUUUAUUAGAA